GAAGUGCCAGAAGAUGACAUGGAUUUCGAUGAGCGCUGGACGAACAAAGUCUUCCCUUUUCUCAAUCCCAAUACUUUGAAAAGGAUGACCUUAUUUGAGGACUCUACCGAGGCACACGACCCUUGCAACAAGCUGUAUAUAUGGGGACUCAUAGCGCUAUUUUUUACAAAUUACCAAAUAGGAGAUCCGGAACCCGCCUGGGUGUCAAAUUAUCAAAAUAUCAGGAAACCCCGAACUGUAAGCGCACAGCUGGCCAGAGCACUCGCUGAGGCAAGCCUUGGUCUAGAACAUCUAUCUAUUUCGUUUAUGACAGACGCAAGGAUAUUCUGGACUAGUCUACGCGAAGAUUGGGUGUGGGAGCAGCUCCAAACGCUAGCACUCACUUCUCAAGAUCUUCAACCCGAUGUCGAUUCAAGUAAAAUUAAGGAUGUACUUUGCUCUGCGGCCAGGGCGGCAAAGAAGAUGCCAAAGCUUCAAACCAUGGAAAUCUGGAACGGAGGAAAAGGCUAUGCUGCUUUGUUUAGAUACAGUAUCGAAAGAGGUCGUCGCCAGGCUGGGAUUUCGUGGAAGGCUAACUGGCACUUUGAGCUUGAGGGGCUUGUGGUGAAGGAAUGGCAAGAUGUGGCAGAUGCCAAUGACGUUGGGUAUCUGAAGACUGAGAGCGAACUGCUUAUGCUAACGCCUUCGCAGAUUCGUUCUCACGGGGAAGCAAUCCUGAUUCUGGAACUCAAGAUCGAAGUUGCUUGCCCCGUGUCUAUCCAACAAAUGCACAGAGAGCAUACGGAGAUGGAACAUUUACUAAGUAGUUAG